GUUUGGGACGCCAGAGGGCGGGUCUGACUUGGCUCGGUGCGACUGCUUUGCCGCGAUUGCUUCCCUGACCUGUCUAUCAUCGCAGUGUUCUGUUUCUAUUGGCUCUUCCAUCUGCCACUCGGUUCCGCCGCGCUGACCCCCAUUGGCCUCCCUCCGGCCGAGUCCCCGCCCCACGAGCAGGACACGGGCAGUGGGGCGCGGAGCAGAGCGAGUCCGGCGUUUGCUCUGGGCUGGGGGAAGGCGGUGGCGGAGAAGGAGGAGGAGCCGGGCCGGCAGGAGGCAGCGGCGGCGAUCGCGUUGGGGUGAUGGUGCAGGUGCUUGGGGCCGGCGCGGAGCUGCCCGGCUGAGGGGCGCCUGGUCCGGGGUCCGCAGCGCCGCCGCGUCUCUCCCGGAGGCGGGCGGGCGGGAAGAUGCUGAGCAGGUUGAUGAGCGGCAGCAGCAGGAGCCUGGAGCGCGAGUACAGCUGCACCGUGCGGCUGCUGGACGACAGCGAGUACACCUGCACCAUCCAGAGAGAUGCCAAAGGCCAAUACCUGUUUGACCUUCUCUGCCACCACCUGAAUCUACUGGAGAAAGACUAUUUUGGGAUCCGCUUUGUGGACCCUGAUAAGCAGCGGCAUUGGUUGGAGUUUACAAAGUCUGUGGUGAAGCAAUUGAGAUCCCAGCCUCCGUUCACCAUGUGUUUCCGUGUGAAGUUUUACCCUGCAGACCCUGCGGCCCUGAAAGAAGAAAUAACCAGGUAUUUAGUCUUUCUGCAGAUCAAAAGGGAUCUCUACCAUGGCCGCCUCCUCUGUAAAACAUCAGAUGCAGCCUUGUUAGCCGCUUAUAUCCUUCAAGCGGAGAUCGGGGAUUAUGACCCAGGAAAACACCCCGAAGGCUACAGCUCCAAGUUCCAGUUUUUCCCUAAACAUUCAGAGAAGCUGGAAAGGAAGAUUGCUGAGAUUCACAAGACAGAGCUCAGUGGUCAAACACCAGCAACGUCAGAGCUGAACUUUUUAAGGAAAGCUCAGACAUUGGAGACAUACGGAGUGGACCCCCACCCGUGUAAGGACGUGUCAGGAAAUGCUGCGUUUCUGGCCUUCACUCCUUUUGGGUUUGUUGUUCUGCAAGGAAACAAGAGGGUCCACUUCAUUAAAUGGAAUGAGGUGACCAAGCUGAAAUUUGAAGGAAAGACCUUUUAUUUAUACGUAAGUCAGAAAGAGGAAAAGAAAAUUAUUCUCACAUAUUUUGCUCCAACUCCAGAAGCCUGCAAGCACCUCUGGAAAUGUGGAAUCGAGAACCAAGCCUUCUACAAGCUGGAGAAGUCAAGCCAAGUGCGCACAGUGUCCAGCAGCAAUUUAUUCUUUAAAGGGAGCCGGUUCCGAUACAGCGGCCGAGUUGCGAAAGAAGUAAUGGAGUCCAGUGCCAAGAUCAAGCGGGAGCCGCCAGAAAUACACAGAGCGGGGAUGGUCCCCAGCCGCAGCUGUCCCUCCAUAACCCACGGCCCAAGGCUGAGCAGCGUCCCCAGGACCCGCAGGAGAGCUGUUCACAUCUCCAUCAUGGAAGGCCUCGAGUCCCUGCGGGACAGCGCCCACUCCACCCCAGUACGUGCCUCCUCCCACGGGGACACAUUCCUGCCUCACUCGAGAAGCAGCCGGGCAGACAGCAACGAGCGAGUUGCCGUGAUCGCGGACGAGGCUUACAGCCCUGCGGACAGCGUGCUGCCCACCCCUGUGGCCGAGCACAGCCUAGAGCUGAUGCUGCUCUCCCGGCAGAUCAACGGGGCGACCUGCAGCAUCGAGGAGGAGAAGGAGUCUGAGGCCAGCACCCCGACUGCCGCCGAGCUGGAGGCCCUUGGGGGCGAGCUGAGGGCCCUGUGUCAGGGGCACGGCAGGCCGGAGGAGGAACAGAGUGGGGAUCUGAAACGACCACUGCUACGGCAGCUAGAGCAGCAGGGGUGGGGUAAGUCUGUCCCCUUAGACUAGAUCCUAGGGAGCACCACCACGAGUUCUGUAUAAUGAACUUAGACUCCUGUGACUUUUUCUAAGGACCUCAAGACUUUCACAGUGCUCCAGAAGCAGUAGGUGAAUUCAGUGGCACCAGGGGUAGACAGCACUGUCAGACGCUGGACUAAGUACGGUUAACAGAAACCAGAGCUGAGGUACCGGAGAGACUGUUGAGAUCACACAGCAGUAAACUUAUUUUGUACACCCCUCGCCCCCUAGAAAAGACUAUUUCAAUUUAUAUUUUAACAAAAUAUUAUUUUCUUAUCAAUUCACCUUUUGUUUUUACUUUAUGGAGUAAGAAAAAUAGAGCCUGAUGAACUUAAAAGAUGCAAGAAAGAAACUGAUCCUGAGAAUGAAAAGCUUCAGAAAAUAGAAUUCCAAGAUCAACCAAACAGCCUUAGAAGGGACCAGGAAAAGAAUCUCUUUAAAUAAGAGUUCUAACAGAUGCCUCCAAAAGAAGGUGAACGUGGCAGAGACCAACACUUAGCUGUAGAAACACUGCCCCCUAGGGUCGUCAUCUGCACCAGGAAGACGAAAGCUGUAGGAAAACGCUGGCUGUCCUGGCUGGGAGCCGUGGAAGCAGGCGGAAGUGUGAAGGGCGAGUGUGGGGUCCGCGGCCCAAGCUCCACAACACUUACAGCCGCUCACACACAAGAACUUGUUUUCAUCUCAGGGAGAGAGUUCCAAGUCACGUGGGCUGGAGGGCGUGGGCAGGGCGGCCCGUGGACAGACUGCGGGCGCAGGACAGAGACGCACGUGCAGGUCUGCUUUGAGGUGGCAGAACCGUAUCCAUGUACAGAAUAUAACAGCCAUGGAAUAAACAGAGUUCUUUUUUAAGGUGGGUAUUUAUUACAGAAUUUUAAACGCCCUUUUAUCUAGACCAAGGGUCGGCAAACUUCUUCUGUAAAGUGCCAGGUAGUAAAUAUUUUUAAAUUUUGGUUUUGAAGGCCAUACUCUGUGGCAACUACUCUACUCUGCUGUCUGAGCACAAAAACAGCCACAGGUAAUACAUAAAGGAGCAAGGCUCUGUUCCAAUAGAAUGUUUAUUUAUAAAAACAGAUGGUGAGUUUCAAUUUGGCCCACAGGCCAGAAUUUGCCAACCCCAAUCUAGACAACAGAACUGUUUCUUAGCAGUGUGUGAGCAGGAGGGCCAGCUCUGCUGUGAUUUCUAACAGGUAAAGAUCCAGGAUCAUUUCCCAGUAGAGACGCUGGGCUUGCUUGUUUAAAGGGUGCUCGAACAACCAACCAGCAAAGAGAUGCCUGAUGCCACGAUGAGCAAGAUCAAGUACUGUAAUGCUAAUACAGCCAGAAUCGAAGCCUGGAAGAGAAGAGCCUGUCUGACCAUUUCCAUACCAGCAACAAUUUGGGCAGAAUUACAAACAUCUGUUUUCCAAGUGACAAGACAAAAACUGAGGGAGAUCCGAGUAAAGAUUAGGGAUCACUCAGAACCAGAUAGCCACUGCCACUUGUCAUCUACACAGGAAAGGCUUUACUAGCAGAGGACUUGAGUGAAAAGUAGACUCAAAGAGGACAAGGCUGUCAGGAGACACGGGGCUGGUUUUACCCUGGAUAUCUACUGUCUUAUGCAACAUAGCAGAUUACCUUUUAGUGUAGUGUUCCUACCUCAGUCUGUAGAAUAUGGUGUUUCUAUGCAGUGAGUGAUAGCCUCGACUCUGACCUUUCAUAUUCACAUUAACGGAAGAUGCAGUAUUGCAUAUCUUGGUAUGUUACUUGUAUCUAGAGUUCCAACGGUACAAUAGUCCACACCACUUCCAACAGCGGGAUUUGCUCUCUGAACAGAAACUUGUGGGUUAUAUUUUUCCUGAGCUUAUCCUACCUACAAAAUACAGAUAGAAAAGUCUCCUUCAAUUUGCUUUUCACAUAAUGCUUGAAUAACAAACCUCCUCUGUUAGUGACUAGUCUUUUUUGCUAUCUCCCCCAUCAUCAAAAGUUGUUCACG